CAGUUUGUUUCUUGAUAUUGACUGCAGUAGAGCAAGCACUUUUAGAUUUUUAUUCCACCAUGUUUCUGAAAAGAAACACCUGUUUGCUGGUCUUUCUGUUUUGUUCUCUGACCUUGUGGUGCAAGUCGACCAGUGCCGGUUCAAGCUUUCUCAGCCCUUCUCAAAAACCUCAGAGCAGGGGGAAGCCGCCCAGAGCCGGCCGCCAAGUCAUGGAGGAGCCUAAUCAACCCACUGAGGACAAUCACAUCACAAUAAGUGCCCCGUUUGAAAUUGGCAUCACUAUGAGUGGAGAGGACUUUGAGGAGUACGGUGUCCCGCUGCAGGAGAUCAUUCAGCGUCUGCUGGGAAACACAGAGACAGCAGAAAGACCAGCACAACCUUGAAGAUCAUGGACAAGAUUUUAAAAUUUUCUG